AAAUAUUUCAAUCACAAUCAUUCGCUACUCAACAUACAUACUGAUACAACGUAACGUAGUGUUAUAUUUUGUCUGUGGAUUCUUAACGUUAUCUUAUUUAGCUACAGUAUAUGCAUUAUCUUCUAGAAGGGUAUACUCAAUAUUUCCUUUUUUAUCCGAGCUCAAUAUUUCCUUUUUUUUCUCAACAAAUCAUAUUAGGAUUUCAUUUUCCUUUCUGACCAGUCUCAGGGUUUAUAAAUAUUACAUUGCACUAAUAAACCAUCAAGAUUGAUCGGAGCCAAAUCACUUGCGAGACAAUGCGACCUAACAGAAAGAAACCAAAGAUUGAUCAGACCAAACCAGAGAUGAAGUUCAUCAAGUCUCUAGGAAAGGGUACGUACGGCUCCGUAGAUCUCUUUAGCUACACCAAAGACGACGGCUCAACGUUCUACAACGCCGUGAAGAUCUCUGAUUCUAAUUACUACAACUCUAUCAACAGAGAGUUUAAGAUCCUCUCGGCACUCAGAGGAUGUCAAGGAAUCGUGCAAUCUUUUGGUAACUCACUGCUUCAAGAAACCGAUUCCAACGGAAAGAAAGUCUACAAGAUGGCCAUAGAGUACGCAGCUGGUGGUAACCUAACCGACUUCAUCCGAAUAAACCGAAAGUUAUCGGACACGAUCGUUAAAGACUUCACUCGGAUGCUUCUCCAAGGGUUAGUGUUGGUACAUGAUCACGGUUACGUCCACUGCGAUCUUAAACCGGAGAAUCUCCUUCUCUUCCCGCGUCACGAUCAAGAAACGCGGUUUUGCUCGUACGAGUUAAAGAUUUCGGAUUUUGGAUUGACGAUAAAGGCAGGAGAGGAGUCCGUUUGUUGGGAAACCAAAUCUCCGUUUGUCGGAACGCCGUUAUACAUGUCUCCGGAGUCGGUACGGGACGGUACCACCGUGGAGAAAACCCUAGACUUGUGGUCGUUAGGUUGCGUGGUGUUGGAGAUGUGUGUAGGUAAGCAUCCGUGGUCAGGGUUUAGUGUUGAUGAUAUAAAGUCUCGUUUGUUGUGUGGGAAGGCGCCGGAGAUUCCAGAGACUGUGCCGUGUGACGCAAGGAAGUUUGUGGAGAAGUGUUUCGCAAGAAAGCCUGAAGAGAGGGGAAGUGCUUCUGAGCUGUUGUUGCAUCCGUUCUUGAACGGAGAGAGGAAGGUGGAUGGUGCCGGCGGCGGCGGCGGAGAGAGGAGGCGGGUGGGGUUGAGGAUCAGAAAACAACCGGAGAGGUUUGAAGAUAUUGCAAAGAAGUCAUUAAAAUUGAAGAUUAUUUCAUCGAAGUCCUCGCAGUUUAAAAGAGUUUCGAAUAAACCCCAAAAGGUUAAGAUUGGUCGUCCUUGACUCCCAAAAUCAAAUAUUGCUCCCGUGCAGUAGUUUCCUGAAAUUAAAAGUACCGCUGUUACUCUGUCAAAAAUGUUAAUUUUGGCAAUUAUCAAAUUGUAUGUUAUAUGAAAAUCGAUAAUGCAUAUAUUUCCAUUUUUUCGAAAAUUUAUGUCCAGUUAAUGUUAAUGCUCAAUAUGUUUCCUCAAUAUACUGUAUACAUUGCGAAUGAGAAAGUAUGUUACAAGGUUUAAACAUAUGGGCCGAAACAUAAGGCCUGUUGAAGAAUUGGCCCAUCGAGAAGCUUAUAGUGGUAGAAUCACCAACAUCAAAGGAAGAAUUUCUUUUGGUUAAUAAUAGGUUUUAAGUAGCUAGCCAAUGCUAUAUUUCUAGCAACAAAAAUGAGAUAUAUUUAUGUAUACGUGACUCAUUUUGACGCACGAGGGUUCUAAUAUUAAAAACCAAAUCAUUG